UCAUCAUAACUGACUGGUUUAAAAGAAAAAAGUUGAAUGUUAGCGCGAGCGUGUUGUUAGUAAGCCUUAAAUAAACGUUUACGUUGUAAUUUAAACUCAACCUGUAAUCGCUUUAAGAUACUUUGACAGUCGUCAAAAAAAGAAGUGACAGGAAUGUUUUAGCCACCAAGUUUAGCUGUUAGCUAACAUGACCAGCUAGCAGCAUCGUUAGCAUUUAGCAGAAAGAUAAAAGUUUUCAAAGUUUUUACGUCUGCGUUCGGUUAAAUGAUUAAACCUGCUUCAGAUGGAAGAGUAUAAAGAAAACAUCCACGGCAAUGUGAAGAUUGUGAUCCGAGAAAAAGACGCAAAGGCGAAGCAUUCUGACAGCAUCUGUGCUGCUGAAGAAUCAGCUUCUCAGUGUCUUCGUCUCAGUCCGCCGGCGACUUCAGUCAUCCCGUGUAUAAAGAGAUCGCUUUGGCUAAUGGACAAAUCAAUCGCAUGUCCAAGGAUGAGCUUCGGAUCAAAUUGGCAGAACUGAAGCUUGACACAAGAGGUGUGAAGGAUGUCUGAAGAAGAGGUUGAAGAGUCACUAAGAAGCAGAAGCUGCUACAGAUGGCUGCUGCAGGAGGCCCCACUGACACCUACUACGACUACAUCUGUGUGGUAGACUUUGAAGCUACGUGUGAAGAGGACAACCCGUCAGGAUUCCUUCAUGAAAUUAUCGAGUUCCCCAUGGUCCUCAUCAACACACACACCCUGGAGAUUGUGGACACCUUCCAGGAAUACGUCAAACCAGAACUGAACCCGCAGCUUUCAGACUUCUGCGUGAAGCUAACAGGAAUAACUCAGAAACUGGUUGACGAAGCGGAGCCGUUCCUGGCAGUGCUUCAGCGAGUUGUAAUCUGGCUUCAGGAGAGGGAGCUCGGCACAAAGUACAAAUACGCAAUUCUGACUGAUGGGUCCUGGGACAUGAGUAAAUUCCUGAACAUCCAGUGUCGCAUCAGCCGAAUCAGAUACCCACAGUUUGCUAAGAAGUGGAUCAACAUAAGAAAAGCAUACGGAAACUUUUAUAAGGUCCCGCGCACACAGACCAAGCUGAGCACCAUGCUGGAACAACUCGGCCUGAAGUACGAAGGCCGCCCGCACUCCGGCUUGGACGACUCUCGUAACAUCGCCAGGAUAGCGCUCCACAUGCUUCAGGACGGGUGCCAGCUGCGCGUCAAUGAGCGCAUGCAUGCCGGACAGCUGCUCGCCAUUCCCAGCACGGCCCCCAUGGAAGGAGCAUCCCCACCCAUGAACCCCCGUAGCAGGGACUAGGUCCAGAUCCUGGCCUUGAAACCAGAACCCCGGUUCUGUCUGGAUUCUUUCCCAUCACAAGAUGUACAAGUAUGAAACGCUGACAUUUGACCACUCACGGAUGAGGAAGCCUCUGACCACCACAGCUGAUUUCUUUUCGUUUUCCAAUCCUCGUGUCUGUGAGCUGAGAGGAUUCUCGUCUGUUUCAGUGGUGUUGGUUUGUCAAAGCCUCCUCACGGAGCUGCUGACGUAUGUGAAGCUGCUGCUGCAGAGAAUCGCUCAGAUAUCAGCUCUGUCAGUGUAACAAGCACAUAAGAAUAUGGCUGAAUCUCAAUUCUACCCCUUGACCCCUCCCCUUCCCCCUUCCCCUCCGUUUUGCGCGGGCACGAGAGACAGAGGGGGUCUCAAUUCUCUUUUUGGAGCGAGGCGGAGGGGAAGGC